UUGAGGUUUCAAUCGAAAUUUUGGGGAGUGUAAAUAGUCCCCCGUGAUAGACUAAUGCAUUCGCUCAAUUAUGACGUGGCACGCUGCAAUUGAAGGUUAAAAUGGACAAAAAAGCCAGAAGGUGACAGAUCGCAGAGAGCAAGAGAUGGGUUGUUUCGCUUGCUUCGACGGAGGAACCAAGCAACAAAGGGAAGAAGAGAGAUUGGCCUCCGCUGAAGCACGAGCUAAAGCCGCCGAAGCUGCGCAGAGAAGGCAAGAGCAAUUUGAAAAAUCUGCUGCAGGAAGAGCGGCCAAGGCACAGAUACAAGCAAAUGCGAAAAAAUCUGCAAAUUCCGACAAAGGCGAACCAGUUCUAAAGUGGCAGAUGGGUGGAAGCUAAGCUUAUUGUCUUCUGGGCUGCAAUUAUUAUUGUAAGUUGGAGAUAAUCUAUAUUGUAAAACUAUAAUAGUUACAAACUUACAAUAGUUGUUUUUUUUUUUUUGUAAAUAGGCCUUGACGGCUUUGCUCCCUAAGCGGCUGCUGCUUCUACUUUGUAAAUUUUCCAUUGAAAUUAUCAUUGUUUAUGUAGAAUCAAGACACCUUUUUUUUCUUUUCUUUCUGACUCUCCAUGGAUAAGAUGAGAAGACAAAAUAGAAAUUUUAUGUCAGCUGACAUCUGAUCUAGACACAGGUUAUAUAGAAUGGACUUUAACAUUGCUCUAUGUUCUGUUUGACAAUGUAAUUCGACUAUAAAUGGCAGAAGUAGUUCAUCUUGCUUUACUCUA